AUGCAAGCUUUGCGAGAGGACGACCGCGAGACUCGACAGAUGAGUUGGAUAUGGCAUGAAUUAGAUGUGGUGAAAGGACAAAUUCAGGAGUGGAUUGGCCGAGUCGUGGUCAUUGAAAAAGCGGUGGAGCGACAGCAGAGCAAGGAGAUCAGCGAUGCUGAGUUUGCAAGACGAGAUUCUGAAGCAAUGAACCGGAGCAGCAGCUAUCUGGAUGACACAAC